CACUCCUUAUCUGGAGCUGGCUGGUAGGAUGGGCUAACAUCGGAUCGUAUAGAACCCCGUCCUUCAUCCUUCAAAGCUGUCGCCGCUGCCUGCGAGCCAGAAGCAAAAUCAAUCGCAAAAACAUCUUUAACAGGAGAAUAGAAGAGCGGAACGAGAUCGGCUAAAGAAGAGUAAUUUGGGAAUGGGAGUGGAUUACUACAAGGUUCUGCAGGUUGAUAAAAACGCCAAGGAUGACGACCUCAAGAAGGCCUACCGGAAGCUAGCCAUGAAGUGGCACCCUGACAAGAACCCUAACAACAAGAAGGAAGCUGAGGCCAAGUUUAAGCAGAUCUCCGAGGCCUACGAGGUGCUCAGUGAUUCCCAGAAGCGAGCGAUCUACGACCAGUAUGGGGAGGAAGGAUUGAAGGGACAGGUACCGCCACCGGGGACCGGUGGCGCAGGUGCUUCCUUCUUCAGCGGCGGAGAAGGGCCGGCCACUUUCCGGUUCAAUCCGAGGAGUGCUGAUGACAUUUUUGCUGAAUUCUUUGGCUUCUCGAGUCCGUUUGGGGGAAUGAGCGGUGGUAUGGGGACCACUGGUAUGAGGAGCGGGUCGAGAUUUCCCGUCGGGAAUGAUUUCUUUGGGUCGGAUUUUGGCAGGGAAGGGUCCAUGAACCCACAGCGACCGCAGAAGGCGGCGCCUAUUGAGAAUCGGCUGCCGUGCAGCCUUGAGGAUUUGUACAAAGGAACCACGAAGAAGAUGAAGAUUUCGCGGGAGAUUUCAGAUAUGAGUGGGAAAAUAAUGCCGGUGGAGGAAAUCCUUACCAUAGAUGUCAAGCCUGGGUGGAAGAAGGGGACGAAGAUCACAUUCCCUGAGAGAGGAAAUGAAGCCCCGAAUAUGAUUCCUGCAGAUAUAGUAUUUAUCAUCGACGAGAAGCCUCAUGAUGUGUUUCUGAGGGAGGGUAACGAUCUCGUCAUAACACAAAAGAUCUCUCUGGUAGAAGCUUUAACUGGAUAUAUCGUCCUUUUGACUACUCUGGAUGGCCGAAGCCUCACCAUUCCAAUAAACUCCAUAAUCCAUCCUGGCUAUGAGGAGGUCGUGCCAAAGGAAGGGAUGCCUAUUCCCAAGGAUCCAACCAAGAAAGGUAACCUUAGAAUUAAAUUCAACAUCAAAUUUCCUUCCAGGCUGACUUCAGAGCAGAAAAUAGGAAUCAAGAAGUUGCUAGCUCCAUGACCUUGAGGUAAUACAAACAAUGCGUGUGUGUUUAUGUAGUGUGAAUAUUUUGAGUUAGGCAAAUUUGUUCAGCUUGGAUGGUCUUAUACUACAGGAUUUGUAAGCUAUUCUGUUUGCAAUAACCUUUGCUAAAUAGGUAAUGAUGUUGACUAA